GCGCUCUCACACCACCACCAUCGCCACCACUACCACCACCACUACCACUACCAUCACCACCACCCCACUACCAACACCGCCGCCGAGCGACAUCGCAUCGUGUAGUGAACACACACACGCGCGCACGACCGUCGGCAUACACACGCGAUAUUUCGCCCCGUUCGUACCUCCGUCACCGGCUGCCCCGUGUCGUCGAGUACACAUCACAAUAUCGCGCGCUCCGGCUCGCACGGACGACGAACGCGCGCCACACACCGCCGAGAGACCCGUCGCGAUUUCUUCGGUUUUUUUUUUUUUUUAUUUUCGUCAAAUCAUCGGUUCCGUUUUUGGUUAUUUUUUUUUUUUUAUCUGUUCGCUGGACGAGAAACGAAAACAUUUUUUAACAGUCGUCCGCCGACUCGUGACCGUAUUUAUUUUGAACACGUCCGUCACCUUCACACCCGUGGAAGCUUUGAAUUUUUUUUUUUCAAAAAAAUUGUCCUCGAUGUUUUCGCCCGCCAAACAUGUUUUACCCGGCCGGCGGCGGCCACCCGGCGACACGCCGGCGUCACGCCGAUGAUGACCGUUCGCGCGCGGCAUCACCGCCACCGCUACGACGAGUGUCGUUACUACAACACCGCCACCACUAAUACUACUACUACAACCACCACCGCCACCACACCACCACCGACGCCGCUACGGGACUGCUCUAGCGACAACAAAACAGUACGCUCAGCUGAUUCUCAUGUGCUCGCACGCCGAAGGAGAAGCUAAUAACCACACGUAAUCAUGGAGAUGCAGAUAAGCAACGCGUCCGAGUUCCCGUUGUACCACUCGAUGGCGACGGGACCGCACUCGUUCCAGCUUCCCGGCGCCAUACCACCAGUCAGCACCAUACCGUCGUACAAGAACACCAUGUUCCCUGACCGGUUGGGGGGCUUCUAUUACGACUCGGCCGGCGUUACGCACGCCAUGCCCGCUGAACGGUGCGACCGGUGCUACGUCGAACUGUCAGUGAUCGGCAGUGGCCACCACUUCGGCAAGAAGUUAUGCGGCAUGUGCGCGGCCAAGGAACAGCAGGUGUCGCCCAAAGUGGAGACCGAAAUACUGGACUUAGACUCGCAACAGGUCAUGUCGCAGCAACAGCAACAGCAGCAGCAGCAGCAACAGCAACAGGACACGACCAAAGGGUUCUUGCAGCACGGCGGCGUGGGCGUCGUCGUGCCCCCCGGUUACGACAGGCCGCCGCAACCGCCGCCACCACCGCCGCCGGCGGUGGAGUGGCCCGGCUACUUUCAGCCGCAGCAGAACACGCUGUCCGGCGAACACCUGUCGCCCGACUACAACAACGUGUCGACCACGACCACCACACCGCCGACGAUGAUGGGCGGGUCACCGCCGUCCGACAUGCAACAACAGCAACAGUACCAGGGCAACUUUGACGGUGGCGGGUACGCGGUCGACUCGAACCAACAGCCCGGCGGAGGCGGAAGCGGAAGCGGCGGCGGGUCCGGGUCCGGGACUAAGGGCAACGGAUCGUGGAAGUCAAACGAGGCGAGGCGCGCCAAGACUUAUGAGUGUCCCGCUUGCGACAAGUGGUUCACCAGUUCGGGUCAUCUGAAACGGCACUACGGCACGCAAUUGCACAAGAACGCGGUGAAGCAGAGCGGCAAACCAGAUCCCGCGCUUUUGCCCAUGAAACAUCACUAUCACCCUUAUCGGGACCCGGCAUACGUAGCGCAACAGAAGCUCAAGCAGCAGCAGCAGAACGGCUCGUCGUUGCACAAGCAACAGUCGUCCAUGAUGAUGCCAGCCGACUUCCGCCCCGUCACGUCUACGUCAUCGUUCAACACCGAUUCUUUUUUAGAGCUGACUCCCCCAAACCUGACAGCAAGCCUCUCGGACAGUUUGGGGGGAACCCAAUUCCUACCGGCCCGUCGGCCGGUCAGCAACAGCAGCAGCAGCAGCAACAGCAACAACAGCAGUACGGCCGGUUUCACGGACGAGAUGCAAAUUUCUUCUUAUCCCAACAACAACAACAGCAACAGCAACAAAUACCGGGCGGACCUAACGGCGGUCCGUAUGGUGGGCCGCCACCAGGCCACGUCGUUCCACGGCCACCGGCAGUCGACGGCGGGUCAACAAGCGCUUUCGGCAUACCUGCACCACCAGAUCACGGAUACCAUCCAGCCAUACACCACCCAGGUUUCUAUGAUCCAACCAACUACCAACACGGAUUUGUACACCACUAUGCCCGACAGUAACGGCUGUGGUGGCCAUCUGUACCAUCGCCAGCCGCAGGAGCAGCCGUACCACCUCAACAACGUCCGCAAUCCGCAUCAGCACCAGUUGCCGCCGUCGCACCACGGCCAGCCGCAGCACCACCACCACCAGAGAACCAUGGAUUAUCAACAGCCGUCGUCCACGACCGUGCCACCGUCGUCGCCGUACCAACAACCGCAGCAGCAAACCCAUCAGCGCCAACUGCAUGUACUGCAGCAGCGCAACAUCAAACAGGAACCCGUCGAACUCGAGUACAACAACGUCGACGACACUCCGAUGGCCAGCCCGGACUCGAGCAUCGAUCACCUGCAUCAUCACCUCCAAAACCAGCAACUGCACCAUCAUCGUCCCCAGUACCAGGGCCUGCUGGUGAUGGCGCCCAUAUCGCCGUCGUCGCCGCCGCCGUCGCUGCCGCUGCCGGUGCAUCAGACCGCAGUCACCGACGACGACACGAUGGUCAGCGACAGCGACGUUGACCUGGACACCGGUUCGCCGCCGGCCUUUAGCUGCACGGAAUUGUCGUCGUCGCACUCGGCGCUGGCGAAAAAGUUCCGGAAAGCCACGCGCGUCACGUGCGACAUUUGCAACAAGGACUUCACGGACAAGUGUUACAAGACGCAGCACGACCAGCGGUUCCACAGCGGCGAGAAGCCGUUCCGGUGCGGCGUGUGCGGCAAGCGGUUCGGCGAACAAAAGCUGCUGCAGAUGCACGAGCUCCGGCACAACGACAGCAACAAGGCGUUCCCGUGCACGGUGUGCACCAAGAGCUUCAACUUCAAGAACGACCUGGACCGGCACUUCAUGUCCAGCCAUUCGGCCGAAAAACCGUACCAGUGCGUGCAGUGCGAGAAGAAGUUCGUGCGGCUGGACCACAAGCGGCACCACGAGAAGACGCACGAGGACGCCGUGGAGAAGACGAAAAAGAAGAAGAAGGCGAUGGCCGACGCGGCGCCCGGCCGCUGGCACGACCACUCCGGCACACUGGCCGACGAACUGCAAUCGUAAAAAACACUCGACCGUACGUGUGGCAUGCGAUCAUCACGUAAGUCGCGUUCAAAAAAAAAAAAAAUUUGUACGUUUUUCCCCCCACUCCGUAUUACCAUCAUUUUUUACAAGAUAAAAAAUAUAUCUUGGCGCGGGAGUAGGCGACGCGACGGCACCGUCAAUGUAAAUUGUAUUAUUAUAAUUUUUUUUUUCCAUUCAUUUUUUAAUUUCGGUCGUAACAACAUUCCGUACACACAUUGCGUGUCGCGCAAACCACCGCGGAUCAUUGCUAUUACCGCCGUGUGACACACGUCUGAGAACGUUUCACUAUGUAUAGGUACUGUAUACUAUUUAUAUACUUGUAUCGAUUUACUAUUUCGGUCAUUUUUUCGUCCGAUAAUUUUUAUCGUGUCGAUGUUUCCGAACCUGACCGGUCCGGCAUUCCGGCACUGUGAUUAUUAAUGAAAACAUUUUUCGAGAUUGGCCGGCCAUAUUAUAAUUUAUGUUGUACAUAACAAUAAUAAUAAUCCUAAAUCCAGGGGCAUUACAAUAUUGUUAAGAAUUUUUUUUAUUAAUAUAUUUUGCAACCCGCACCAAAAAACCAACUGUAAGUCCUAUCCUAACCCAGGCCCCCCUCCCUCAAAAAAAAAAUUCCCCGGUCCCAUUGUUGCGUCGUUUGUUGAUGGCUCAAUCUCUUACACUAAAUAUUAUAAUAUUCCUAAUAUAUGUAUUAUUAUUAUUAUUUUAUACAUUUUUUUUUUCAUUUGUUGAAUAUUUUAUUUUCAUUUGAUUUGGGUACCAAUAUUGCAUUAGUUAAAACAUAUCCCCCACAUGUUACAUAUCACACGACGACGCUCUAGAAUUAUUAUUAUUAUAUUACUUAUGACAUUCGUUUGUUUCGUACCUGCUAUUAACUAUAUAAUAUUAUAAUUGUAUGAUAAUAUUAUAUUGGAUAUAUAAACUGAUAUUUUUUUUUUGUGCCCCACUGUAAUAUUAUUUUGUGUUUAAGUAUUUAAGUAGAUCUUUUUUUGUUUAGAGCGGUAAGACGAACGCGUUAAUUAUUAUUUUUUUAUCGCCCUUUGUCCUCGGUGCGAAUUUUUUAAGUUUUUUCACAUAUACACACAAUUCUGUUACUAUUCUCCAAAUCAAAUUGUAUUAAUUGUCCAUAGUAUUAUGUGUUAUUACGCCAAGUGUUUAUUAUUAUUAUAAUUUUUUUUUUGAUUUAUUUUAAAACAAAUAUCGAUAGUACAAAAAAGUACCUCGUAGAUAUUGUGGAAGACUACUAC